AUCAGAAACACUCUUCUCUUAUAAUUUCUUCUAGUUUUGGACGACUUUUGAGAUUUCAUUUCUUGGUAUAUAUGUCUUUUCUUUUUCAAAUUUUCCUGUUUAGUUCAUACUCGGACUUACUAUUGCGUUUUGUUCACUUAAUUUGUGCAGGUACCUAUUUUUUUUUUUUUUUCCCUAAAAUGAAUUUUUAAGGCUCUGUAUGGAGUUAUGAAAAUGUAGAGAGAAAAAUGUGGAUGGAAAAAUGUAGGGAAGAAAAACACUUUCCCUCUCACUUUUCCUUUUUAUUUUAUUUUUUUUUCCUAAAACUAUUUUAGAACCAAAUAUGGGAUUCUAAAAUCCCUUUAUUUAUUUAUUUAUUUAUUUAUUUAUUUUUUCCUUUUCCCUAGUAUUUUCUAAGGUCUAAACAGAGUCUAAAAGAAUUUAUUUCUGGGUUCGUUUCCAUUCAUUAGAUGUUUGUAAAAUGCACAUGCUUUAAAUUAAUUUCGAUUUUGUGUUGGAGAUCUAUUUGAUUUGGUGAUAAAAUUUAGAUUUUCAUAUGUUUUAAGUUUAAUAGGAACUCAGUUUAGCAUUUAAAAUUUACCCAAAACAAAAAAAAAAAAAAAAAAAAACGAAAACAAAAAAACAAAAAAAGAAAAAAAAAAUGGGAACUCAGUUUAGAGUUGGUUGGGAUAGAACAAGACAGGGUUGGGUUUUAUCAAUUUAUUUUGAAUUUUUUUUUUUGGUUAUGACUGCUUCACCAUCGUUUUUCUGGUUGCCCUCUACUUUUCACAUCUUAUUAUUGUUUAUCUGAUCUGGUGAUCCGGAUGAUGGGUCAAUUGGGUAUUAGGCAAAAUGGUGGAUAGAAAUAAAAAUAAGAAAGUUGUUGCAUGAGCAGACUAAAAAUUAAGUUAAAACCUAUAUAUUGGAACCUAAGGUCUAUCUCCACUUUGUUCUAACUUUAUACAUUAGCAGGCUCUAAUUACAGUUAUUCUGACUUAACUUUGUCUUUCAAGUAAGAAACUACCCCUUUGACACCAUAAUUAUCCAUCCUCCACUCUCCUCUGGAUUUGUAAAAGAAGAGUGGCCAAAACUCUUCACAUUGAUCACCAGCAGAGCUCAUAGUUUCCUCCUGAAAGAUUUAACUGGAAUAGAUCUGCAUUGCAUCCUAGAAAAAGGUGGGAAAGUCCCUUAGGAGGAGCAAUUAGCUCUCAUAUAAUAUAGAGGCAUUAUAUGAUGGAGACGAAAAUCAUAGUAGAAGGCUUUCUUUGGCCUACACUAAUUAUGCUAACAAGAUAAGAAGAUAGAUUGGCAUCAACAGAAUUUUUAUAGUCUCAGAUUGAAAUUGUGCAAAUUACAUCCUGAGGACUUUGAAACAUUUUUGCUUAAAUGGGACCUAGGUGGAAAGGAAAGGACUCAGAAGCCAAAGCUUUUAAAGAUCCUAUGUCAAAAAUAGUAUGGGAGCUUCAGUCUUCUCUGAUCCAGUCAGAGUCUCAAGGAUUACUGUGUGGAUGCAGUGUGCUUCUUGCAGCAGAAGCGGAACAAGCUGUCCUCCUAAAUCGUGCGUGCUUUGGUGAGCCCAUUUCUGCAGCUGAGAAAGAUAAGCAGUGGUUUCAGCUAGGCCUGGAGGAAGCCUUUUACCUAUGCUAUUCUCUAAAAUGCCUCAACAUAGUUGGUGAAGACAAAUGCCUAAUGAACGUUGAAGAGUUUUGGUUGCUCAUGAAGUCUAGAAAAGCAAUUUUCCCUGAUUUUUACAAAGGUUAUUCUCAUCUUCGAAUGAAAAACUGGGUAGUGAAGUCAGGAAGUAGAUAUGGUGUGGACUUUGUAGCCUACCGUCAUCAUCCGGCUCUGGUUCAUUCGGAAUUUGCUGUGUUAGUUUCAACAGAAGGAGGGGGUGAUGUAAAUGGGAGAUUAAGGAUGUGGUCUGAUGUUCAUUGCACCACUCGGCUCUGCGGCGGUGUUGUAAAGACAUUGUUAGUCCUCAACAUCAAUAAAAAUGGUCAAGGUGCAUUUUCUCCAUCUUGUAUAGAAAAAUACACUGUUGAUGAGCGCACAGUUAGACGAUGGAAUCCAGAAAAAUGUCGUGAAGAUCAUACAGUAGUGGAAAGUGAAACAAAUAAUCAUACCGUAAUUGAAAAUGGAACAAAAGGAGAGUUUAUUAUUUAACUUUUGCAUCCUGCAGUUCCAUAUUUCAGGUGCUUUUAUAUUUUAUUUUUUAAAAUUCUUUUGGUGUAAGUUUACUGGGUAAAAAAUAGAAAGCAUUAGAUAUUCGACACAGUAAUACUAUGUUCUCGUUGUUGGUUCCCCAGCAACACAAACUUUCUGUCAAUAUGUUCAUAUUCAUGAGAUGAGCGGUAUUGCUCUGUGGGAGCUCCUUAUUUAUACAAAUAGUUCUUAAGAAUGAUAAAUUGUCUUUU